ACUUUAUAUGAUCUCUUCCCAUUUUCACUGGAAGUCUGGAGAUACGUUUCUCUGCGUUUCCUUGCACGCCGGAAGCUAAAGCUUGAGCUUUGUUGUGAUUUCUCUGAGUUGCGAGUGAUUGUUGUUAUCGUAAUGGCGAGUACUGAUCCGGAGCGCAGGGAGGAGGAGGAAGAAGCCGCAGAAACGGCGGCGGGCGAGGAAGAAGACACCGGAGCCCAGGUCGCCCCUAUAGUCAAGCUCGAGGAGGUUGCCGUUACUAGUGGAGAGGAAGAAGAAGAUGUUCUUCUCGAUCUAAAAUCGAAGCUGUAUCGAUAUGACAAAGAAGGAAGCCAGUGGAAGGAGAGAGGUACUGGGACUGUGAAACUUCUCAACCACAGGGGGACCGGGAAGGUUAGAUUAGUUAUGCGUCAGAGCAAGACGCUUAAGAUCUGCGCCAACCAUUUAGUCCUUCCUUCCAUAUCAAUUCAGGAACACGCGGGGAAUGAUAAAUCUUGCCUCUGGCAUGCAAAAGAUUUCUCUGAAGGGGAGGUGAAGGAUGAACUCUUUUGCAUUCGGUUUGCAUCGAUAGAGAACUGCAAAAAAUUCAAGGAAAUGGUUGAAGAGGUCGCUGAAUCUCAACGGAACACUGCUGGGGAAAGCCAAGAGGCCACUUCUACUGCAAAUCUUCUAGAGAGGUUGAGUGUAGAGGAAAGCAAAGAUGAGGAGAAAACCCAGCAAGAGGUGCCCAUUUCAGCAGAGGAAGAAAGGGAUGCAAAGAAGUCGGAGGAAAAAGAAGAGAAAAAAGAGGCGGAAAAACCAGAUGCUGAUAAAUAGAGAAAAAAGCGUCUUUCUUUUCUUAUGGGUGUGUUCCUAUAGAGAUGGUUGUUGUCAAGUGUUGCACAGAGUCAUGCAAAUAUUAUAUAUCGUUGAAUUUUAUGAUAUAAGGGCUCUGUGGUUGGAUCUUGGAUGUGUUGUCAAGGUGGUGAGAUCAGACUUUAAAUUAAUGGGUGGUCAAUGAUAUUUGCUCAUACGGUCCAUUCAUUUUUUUUUUAUAUAUUUGGUUUGCAGGUGACAAGGGUGUUUGAUUUCUGGGUCUCCAUUUGUAAUAUCAGGGUUUUGGAUAUUUGUUGGUUUAGCUUUGUUGAAGGGUCUUUUGGGAGCCUUUUCUUUUUUUAACGAGGUAUCCUUCUUGAUUGUUAUUUAUUUGUCAUAAUUAUUCUGAUUUAUGUUCAUUUU